AUACGCUGGAAAUACGCAUGUAAUACACAUGGGAUAAGUUGGCUGUACGCUCAGAACACGUUAGGCAUAAGUUGAGUACGUUAGACUGUCGUUAGACACACGUCAGACACACGUUCAUUAUACGCUCCUCUAACGCUAGGUUUCCUGACCCACUCAAUUUCAACAUAUGAGAAGCGUACUCGACAUAUGUGUAACGUACCUUCAGCAUACCUCUAGCGUGUUCAGCAUAUGAGGAACGUAUGAGGAGCGUAAAAUUCAUACGUCGGCAUACGCUGAAAAUUUUUGCACAUGUUCAAAAAAGUUUUUGGCCGUCAGCGUACAUCAGCGUACACCGACGUACCCCGGCGUACCCCGGCGUACCCCGGCGUACUAGAAACAUAUUCCAGCGUACCCCUAGCGUGUUUCAGUGUAUGUCAGCGUAUGCCCAAAAAGUCCAUACGUUCCUCAGACGCUGGCUCUAUAUGCUAGAGUGUGACAGGGUCUAUAGUUCUGGUUGUUGGUCUGGUUGUAGUUCUAGUUGUUGUUCUUGUUGUAGGUCUGGUUGUUGUUCUGGUUUUAGUUCUGGUUGUAGGUCUGAUUGUAGUUCUGGUUGUUGGUCUGGUUGUAGGUCUGGUUGUUGUUCUUGUUGUAGGUCUGGUUGUUGUUCUGGUUUUAGUUCUGGUUGUAGGUCUGGUUGUUGUUCUUGUUGUUGGUCUGGUUGUAGUUCUUGUUGUUGUUCUUGUUGUAGGUCUGGUUGUUGUUCUGGUUUUAGUUCUGGUUGUAGGUCUGUUUGUAGUUCUGGUUGUUGUUCUGGUUGUAGGUCUGGUUGUUGUUCUUGUUGUAGGUCUGGUUGUUGUUCUGGUUUUAGUUCUGGUUGUAGGUCUGGUUGUUGUUCUUGUUGUUGGUCUGGUUGUAGUUCUUGUUGUUGUUCUUGUUGUAGGUCUGGUUGUUGUUCUGGUUUUAGUUCUGGUUGUAGGUCUGUUUGUAGUUCUGGUUGUUGUUCUGGUUGUAGGUCUGGUUGUUGUUCUUGUUGUAGGUCUGGUUGUUGUUCUGGUUUUAGUUCUGGUUGUAGGUCUGUUUGUAGUUCUGGUUGUUGUUCUGGUUGUAGGUCUGGUUGUUGUUCUGGUUUUAGUUCUGGUUGUCGUACUGGUUGUUGUUUUGGGUUCUGUACAGGUUCUCCACAGUAUUUCUUCGUCUGGGAGCUGUUUUUCAAAGAACACAGCUCUGUUUGUGGCUGAACGAGCUCUCAGAACCUCUUCAGUCUAUCGGCGCCAACAGAACCUCGUUGUUCUAACAGAGCGGUGUUCUGAUGCAGAUCCAUGGAACAGUUUACUCACUGUCAUAUCUUUGGUUUUUCUUUAUUUUAGCGUGUUUUUAUUCACAUUUAUCUCUUAGCGGUUGUGUUUGCAGCA